AGCAACUCCAACACAAAUGGAUAUUUACGUGGCUUUGUUAUCGCUUUUCUUUUUUACCAAACCAGCUUUGGGAUCAGAUCAAGAUUACCAGAUUGAUAUCAUCCAUGAACUUGACCUGGCUAAUGCCACCUAUGGAAUUACCCAAGUGGCGGGGCUCCACAACAGCAGCAAAGCCUUCCUCUUCCGAGAUGUUGGGAGAGCGGUUCACGCCCCGGCGCACAUCACAGAGAAAGUGGUGCAGCUGUUCAGGAGUAAAAGUGAGUUUACCUUCCUGGCCUCCAUCCAGCAGAAGUCCUCCACGUCAGGAGUCAUAUUCUCCAUCCACGAGUCAGAACACAGUUACUUUGAGCUGGAGAGCAGCGGGGUGAGGGAGGAGAUUCGCUACCACUACCGCUUCAAAGGGAAGCCGCGCUCCGAGUCCUUCCCCUACCGCCUCGCCGACGGACAGUGGCACAAGAUCGCCCUCACCAUCAGCGCCUCCCACCUGCUGCUUCACGUGGACUGCAACAGGAUCUAUGAGCGGGUGAUAGACCCUCCUCAGAUGGAGCUCACGCCGGGCAGUGGAGUGUGGCUGGGCCAGCACAGCCACAAGCACGGCCUGUUCAAGGGCGUCAUCCAGGAUGUGAAGCUGAUUUUCGCCCCCAACGGGUACAUCACACAGUGUCCUAACCUCAACCGCACUUGUCCGACCUGCAGCGAUUUCCUGAGCCUGGUGCAAGGCAUCAUGGACCUUCAGGAGCUCCUGGCCAAGAUGACCCUGAAGUUGAACUACGCAGAGUCCAGGCUGACCCAGCUGGAGGGCUGUCACUGCGAGAGGACCUGCAGCGCCAACAGCCUGGUGUACCGGGAUAAGGAGCUGUGGGUGGAGCCCGAGAACUGCAGGAACUGUGCAUGUAAGAACGGUGUAGUGGAAUGUCGCAGGAUUUUCUGUCCUCCGGCAAACUGCUCGGAGGAUUCGCUGCCUGUGCAUGUAGAUGGGACCUGCUGCAAGAAGUGCAGACCCAAGUGCACCUACAUGGGCCAGAUGUUCUCUGAAGGCCAGCGCUUCUUAUCCCGGAGCUGCAGGGAAUGCAAGAACGGCCUGAUGAUUAAAGUCACUGAAAGUUGUCCAGAGCUCAACUGCACGAUCAGCGAGCAGAUCCUUCCAGACGGCAGAUGCUGCAAUGUCUGCAGAGGUUAUGACUUCUGCGCAGAGGGACUCAUUUGUGGAGAAAACUCGGAGUGCAAAAACCGGAAUACUAAAGCGGAGUGUGAAUGCAAGAGCGGCUAUGCCUCAAUCCACGGGGACUCCACUUACUGUGAAGAUAUUGAUGAGUGUGCGACGCAGAUGCAUUACUGCCAGUCCAACACGGCGUGUGUCAACCUGCCCGGCAGCCAUCGCUGUGACUGUCUGCCAGGCUUCAUCAGAGUGGACGAAUACUCCUGCACUGAGCAUGACGAGUGCGCCAGCAGCCAGAAUUUGUGUGAUGAGAACGCCAUCUGCACCAACACCAUCAGAGGACACCUGUGUACCUGCAAGCCGGGCUACGUGGGCAACGGCACCAUCUGCAGAGCCUUCUGUGAAGAGGGAUGCAGGAGCGGAGGAAUCUGUGUGUCCCCCAACACGUGCGUCUGUCCCUCGGGAUUUACAGGACGCCGCUGCGAGACGGAUAUCGAUGAGUGUGCAGAGGGGCUGAUUGAGUGCCACAACCACUCCCGCUGUGUCAACCUGCCCGGCUGGUACCACUGUGAAUGCAGAAGUGGUUUCCAUGACAAUGGCUCCUACCUGCUUGAUGGAAGCUCCUGCAUUGACGUUGACGAGUGCAGUUUGCAGACACACACCUGCUGGAACGACAGCGUGUGCGUGAACCUCCCGGGAGGCUACGACUGCGUGUGCACGUCCGGGCCGGGCUGCAGCGGCGACUGUCCACAGGAGGAAGGAAUCAGACGCAACGGAGAAGACUGGAAACCGAGCUUCGACCGCUGCGCUAUCUGCUCCUGCAAGGACGGGCAGACGUACUGCAGACGGAGACCCUGCGACUGCGGCGACCCAGAUGAGGAUUUGUUCUGCUGUCCCAGCUGCGACAACCGGCCCAGCAGUCAGUGUCUGGACCAGAGCGGACGCACACUGUACCGCAGCGGAGCGUCCUGGAUGUACGGCUGCCAGCAGUGCCGCUGCAUGGAGGGGGAGGUGGACUGCUGGCCUCUGGUUUGCCCCGUGUUGAUGUGCGAGUACACGGCGGUGGCGGAGGGCGAGUGUUGCCCGCGCUGCGUCACAGACCCCUGCCUGGCUGACAACCUGUCAUACGACAUCCGGCAGACGUGCCAGGACCCUGCAGGCUUCGCCCGCCUCAGUGGGGACACAUGGCAUAUGCCCAACUCACCCUGCACCACCUGCAAGUGCAAGAACGGGAACGUCUGCUGCUCAGUGGAUCUCGACUGCCUUCAGAACAACUGAAUCUUUCUUCCUCCUGUUCUGCUCCUCCUCCUCCUCUCACUAUGGGACUGCCACACCCCCCUCCUCCAUCUGACGACUCUCCCCUCUGAUUCAUAAGACAGACUCACGCACACACACGUGCAUGCCGGUGUGAGCACAGAAAAUACAAACACACACUGGACGAACUGGGGCACUGAGGCUGUGCUUCUGUACCCUCAACAAGCUGUGUGUGUCCGUGUGUGUGUCCGUGUGUGUGUGUGUGUGUGUGUGUGUGUGUGUGUGUGUGUGCAGGGCUCAGGAGAAGACUGAAGCCAGGUUGCUCUCACAUCAGCCACUGUGUUGUUCAUGUGUCUUUGUGUUUCCAUUUCAAUGUGUCCUACGUCAAAACAAAAACCAGAGACGAGUAGCUCAGAGUCACAACUUGUCUUUUCCUCUUGUUUGUUUGUCAGCAGGAUAACGCAAAGUGAAUUUUUCAAUUUUGGAUCUGAACAAAAGGGGCAUAUCCAGAAUUUUAUAUAACUUUCUUUAACAUUGUGAGAUGUGAGGUGUUUGGUACAGAUGUCCCAGGGAAUACUUAAUGGAUCUUGAUUGAGAAACAUCUGGCAUAUUUAAGGAACUGAUAUCUAUGAGUGUGUGCAAUUAAGUGCGGCUUGAUUGAAUUCAAGGGGAAGUCUAGUUUGGAGGAGGUUUCACAGCUGUUUCUGCUUCUGCGCUCGCUCACCACAUGAAGUAUAUUAGUGCAAAAGCAAAGGAAGAUACCUACACAGAACUUGUACAUUCUUUUCAGAAGAACACUUGAGUCUGUGGGAAACAGGUGGAAAAUAUGAAUCUAUUCAACUAAACCUUUACUUUUCAGUGCAUCUGUUGUAUUAUAGUUCUCUAAGCAAACCUGCAAAGGAAUAAACUGAGAUUAGCUUCUCUAUUCAUACUGUUUAAAAACUCUGUGAUGGCUAUUUGCUGCUCCCAAUUCAGACACUGCCUCCUAUCACAUCCGUAUUUCUGGAUAUUUCAUAAAAACGGGUCUUUUUAAAGAAUCCUACGACAUUGUGAGUUCUGCCGAAGAGUCACAGCCGCGUCGCGUCACCUUAUCCGACAUGAAUGCUGCAUGCUCAUUUGCUGAGAGAAUCCAUCUUGUCGUGUUUGAGAAAGUGCAGAUCACACAGAGACAAAGAAGAGAAAAUGAGAGAAUGUGGAUAAUUAAAGCCGUGUCAGGCAGGGCUGGGUUUAUAUGCCAGGAGGUCACCAAGUGUCAGACGUGUUUACAGACGCUGCAGCUUAUUAAGGCCGGAGAGUCUGAAGGUUUUCCUGCUACAGUUCACAUGAUGCUGCCCUGACAUCCUGUCCUCUCCUUCACACCGCCCACCGUUAUCUUCAAGUUCUUCUUGAGAGUGCUCAAGUUUCUCUCAAGUGCUCGUUAUCACCUUGAGUGUCCGUCACUGAGAGAGAAUCUCUAUCACGGGCCUUGAGCACAAACUUUGAAAACUAGUUGUAGCUACGAAUUGUACUUCAACCAGGAAAUGACCUCAAAUUAAAAAUCUAACUACAAAACCACUCAACAGUAUAAAUAUUAAUAAACGACAUUAACUCCACAGCUGCAACGAACAGAGAAAACAAUACGUCGAGUUUGGUGUUGACAUUCAACUCUAAAGCUAAAGUACCAACUUCAUGAAUGUUUCCUGUUCUAAGACAAAAGCCCAUCGUGUGCAAUCCCACAAUGCAUUUCUGUCAGAGCUAAAAACACGAUGCACAUGUAGAACACAAAGGUACGACGCUGGGGAUGAACAGUAUCCACUGAUAUUACAACAUCCGGCUGAAGGCAGGAAAUGAAGGCAGCAGUGGAUGAGUAACUUAACGUCUUAUUUAAAACCCCAAAAUAUCAAACUAGUGAUAGUAAAUAAAAAAUAAAUAUAAAUAAAUAUACUUCCAUCAUUAAU